UCUAGUGACAAAAAACCGCGGAUACUUUUUAGAUGACCCAAUAGUAUGCGUAAUGUAAAUUAUAGCGCUAACAUCGUUGUAAGCGCGUUCUAAACACGAGUCUACAUCUACAUCUUUAAAAUUCUAAUACGUACGUAACUAUAAUAUGUUGAUGCACUAAUAUCAUAAACGUGUGUUCUGAAUACGGGAAAGAUUAUGUCGUGUAAAAUGGAACUUAUAAAAAAUGUUUUGGAGAAAGUAGCGAAUAGCAAAGGCUUUGGUCGAUGUAUGAAAAAUAUAAAGUUGUUGUCAGCUGGCGAUGGAAAGUGCAAAGCACAAUUUACUGUGGCUGAGGAGCAUUUGAAUGUUGGUGGUUUCUUACAUGGUGGUUUUACUACUACUGUUAUAGACUGUGUAUCUACAUAUGCAUUAAUGACUCACAAAACUGAUCCUCCUCCUGGUGUUUCUGUAGAUCUGCAUGUAACAUUUUUGAAGGCUGCAUUUCCUGGUGAAACAGUGACUGUUGAUGCUAAAACUAUACGUUCCGGAAAGAAUUUGGUUUUUCUCGCGGUAGAGCUUACAAAGAACGACGGUAAGGAUAUUGUUGCUCGUGGACAACAUACGAAAUAUGUUGGAUUGUCACUUACGCAAUGAAACUAAAGAUUAUCAGUUUGAUUCAAAUGUCGAUAAAUGUACAUAAAAUAAAGAGUAGAAUACAUUGUAAUUA